UUAUUAGAGUUAAUAUAUAGUUUUGCCUUCUGAUCCGGAGUCAUGGGACACAUUGGAAGACUAACAUUAAUCUCUUUCUCUCUCUCUUCCACAGGAAAAUCAGGGUCAUCCAUAAAGGCAUAAAGCUGUUAACAACCAGUCUCUCUCUGUCUAGAAUGAUUCUCUCUCUAGAAUCCAGUGUAAAUUGAUAAUUAUAGAACAGGGGAAUAUGUGCAUUUUGAUUAAUAAGUAUUUUAUGUCUAUUUCUUCUGCAACACCAUGAUCUCAAGGAGUGAUUUGCAGGCAAACAAUUAAUUAGUUGGUAUAUAUAAUAUUAAUUCUUCCAUGCUCAUGUGCUGAGAGAAUAAGACCAGUCCAGGAAAAAGGAAGCUGCCUUGGCCCUCUAUGAAAUUCCAUUUCAAUAAAACCCACCUCAUAAUUUCUCUCUCUAUGCCUCACUGAGUCAUUUCCAUUUACUUUCUCUCUCUAAAAUCCACUAUAUUUCACCCUCUCUCAAGAAGAAACCCACCUUUCACAUAAUUCAUUAUAGCCUCUCUCUCUCUCUCUCUCUCUCUCUCUCUCUCUCUCUUUUCACAUAAUCCAUUUUAUUUCUCUUUCUCUACCGAUAUAAUUCUUUCUCUCAAGAACCCACCUCUCAGACAAGCUUCUCUAAUGGCUGAAACCAAAAAACCCAAGAAACCAACCUCCAAAAAUUGCCACUCUGCAAAAGAAAACCCACCCUUCACUCAAGCUCAAGCUCCUCUGAUGGUGGAAAACAAAAAACCCAAGAAACCACCAUGCAAAAACCGACACACUUCAACGGAGAAACCACCUUCAGUACAGGGCACCCCCAUGGUGGAAACCAGAAAACCAAAAAAACCACUAGCCAAAAGCAACCAAAAUUGUACAGAGAAGCCACCUUCAUGGACUUCUCUGAGAAACAUUCUCACUUGUAAGCAGCUCCAGGCUCCAUUAAUGGUGGAAAAUACAGUGAAAAAACAGAGCAAACGAAUGGGUGGGUGCUCUGUUUCUCUCUGCAGUUCAAGGGAGAACACCAGGGUCAUGCACAGGCCUGAGACAUCUCCUGAGAAAUCUUCUUCUUCUUCUUCACUUUCUCUCUCUAAGGUUUCUCUCUCUUCGGGUUCUUCCAGUAAGAGAUUGGCUGCUAAAGUCGAUGGCUUUAACGCGUCUAAUCGAUCGAUGAAGUCUACUUCUGUGGUGAGUGAAGGGAGUGGAAACGGUGGUUCUUCGUUUAGGGGGAUGCAUUUGAGGAGGCUUUCUGGUUGUUAUGAGUGUCACAUGGUGGUUGACCCCAUUAAUGGAGUUUUCAGGGAUCCUUCUCUUAGAAAUAGCAUAUGUGCUUGCCCUGAGUGUGGGGAGAUCUUCAUGAGAGCUGAGAACCUUGAGCUCCAUCAGGCAGUUAAGCAUGCUGUCUCAGAAAUAGGUCCAGAGGAUUCAAGCCGAAACAUAGUGGAGAUCAUAUUCCAAUCAAGCUGGUUAAAGGAGACUCCAGUUUGCAAGAUCGAUCGUAUCCUCAAAGUCCACAAUAGCCAGAAAACCAUUAAUCGAUUCGAAGAUUACAGAGACACAGUGAAAUCGAAGGCCAACAAGCUUCCAAAGAAACAUCCAAGAUGCAUUGCUGAUGGUAAUGAGCUUCUUAGAUUCUUUUGCACCACUUUUUCUUGCUCAAUUGGCACAAACGGCUCUUCCUCUCUCUGCAACUCUGUUUGCAAUGUAUGUAAUAUCAUAAAAAAUGGAUUCAAAGUUGACAAAAAUGAAGGAAUUAUAACGACAGCGAGUAGUGGAAAGGCCCAUGAUAGCAUGGAAACCGAAUUGGGGGCAGGAGAAAGAAGGGCAAUGCUGGUUUGUAGAGUGAUUGCAGGGAGAGUAAAAAAGAAUCAAGAAGCAACUGAGGAUGGGUUUUGUGGUGGAUUUGAUUCAGUCUCUGGCCAAGGAGGCCUAUAUUCGAGUUUAGGAUUUGAUUCUGUUGCAGGCCAAGCAGGCUUAUAUUCAAGUUUAGACGAGCUUUUCGUGUUUAAUCCAAGGGCUAUACUGCCCUGUUUCGUUGUAAUCUAUCGGAAUUCAGAUUGAGAAAUGGCCUCUGUUCCAUUUCUGUGAAUUUCUUUCUAAUGGCCUUGUUUCAGUUCCCGCAAGCUUAACUCGCCGUUUGAUUCGGGCAAGUUUCUCUGUCUCGGCUUAUCAAGCAUUUUGUGUUUAACCAAAGUUCUAUACUACCACGUUCGAUGUAAUUUAUUUGAAUUGGGCUUGAAAAGAACAGCUUUGGUAGUUUCGAUUCAUACCAGUUUCUGUCUCUGGACUGUCGGAAUUGUUUAGUUUUGUAGUAAUUUUGGAAUGAAAAUGCAUAUCUAAGGACUGAUAGUUUCAUGCUACAAUGUUUAUGGGGGCGUGAAUCAGGUAGCUCCAUCUACGAUCUUUACCCA